GUAAAAUUAGAAGGAAAUGCGGAAUUAUUGACAACGUUGAUAUAGGUUGCUGCUACUUGGCACUUUUUUGCUCACAAAAUAUAUAGCUUGAGAUUAUGCAAGAUCGUUAUAUCCGAUGACGCCACCUGGAGUACAUAUAAAUAAAACAGCAGUAGCUAUUAUCAUUGGAUUACUAGUAGUAAUAAUCUUAGGAUUUAAAUACAAACGGGGGACUGACUCUGCUUUUUUCGAUAAAUUCAGUGACAAAAAAAUUGAGUCUAAUCUUCAGCAGCAGCCAAAAGUUAGAGACAUACAAAGAGAAGAAUUAAAAAAAGAACCUGAAAAAGAAAUAGAAGUUAAGAAGGAACCAGAAAAGCAAGAACUGAACAAGGAACAAAAACAAGAAGAAUUGAAAAAGGAACCAGAAAAGCAGCAAGUGAACAAAGAACUAGAAAAGACACAAGGGAACAAGGAACCAGAAAAGGACAAAAAAGAGAACAUGGCUGCUGUGGAUUGGAAAACAGUAGACAUAGACAGUGUUAAAAUACCAGAUGAAAUUGUUAAGUCAGCAAAUGAAAAAAUGAAAGUGGAAGAAAAAAAAUAUAAAGUGAUGGACUUAAAUAUUUUUGCAAGAACUGUAAAACCUGAAGGCGAAUGCAAAGGAGGUGUUGUAUUGUUGCAUGGACAAAAAUUUACAUCCAAAAACUGGGAAGAAAUAAAAACACUGCAGUAUAUCGGAGCUAUGGGUUACACACCUAUGGCUGUUGAUUUACCUAAUUAUGGUAACAGUGAUAAAAAAAAUGUGGAUGAUGAACUUAAGUUUAUGGAGGAACUGAUGAAAGCUAUCAAUUUUACAGCCCCUGUUAUUGUCAGUCCAUCAAUGAGUGGAGGAUUUUCUUUGCCGUUUUUACUCACUGAUCCUAAAAUUGCUAAUAAGAGGUCACAUGGAUUUAUACCUGUAGCUCCUGUUAUCCCAGAAAAUUACAAGCAAUAUAUAAAAGAAUUACAGAUUCCAGCAGCAAUUGUUUAUGGUGAUAAAGAUUCAACUUUCAAGAACAGUGUGGAAAAUGUUUUGAGCAAAUUACCGAACAGUCGACUUUUUAAAAUUAAAGAUGCUCGUCACCCAGCCUAUUUAGAUCAACCUGAGAUUUGGCAUAAAAUUUUAUAUAUUUUUCUUCCUGCUGCCUUUAAAUAAAUUUUGAUAUAUUUAUAUUGGUAAUCACAUUAUCAUGAUUAUGUAACAAAACCAUCAUUUUAUCAAAAACAAAAUACUGCAACAUCAAUCUGUCAAGCAUACAGAUAUACUUUAUUAUGUAAACAGUUAUCUCCCCUGAAACUGUAUUAACUGCCCUUAGACAGAGGUUACUGUAUUGUAAUUAAUGUAUAAUUGUAAUCACUUAUAUAAUUAGCAUAUUUGUCUAAAAUUUCUUAUUUCUUAUAACAGUGAAUAUAUAUAAUAUUGUCAAUUUAAUUGAAUUAAUAUUUUUUAAGAAUGUUGUAAUGUGGUUUGAGACAAGCUACAACAUAAAUUACCUUGCUAGUUUUCCAGGAAAUUGAAGCCCAAACGUUUUUAUAUAUUUCUGGUGAUUCAAUGGCCAAAACUUAUUUUAAAGCUCUGAUCAAUACAUACUGAACAAAAAUGUAUGCUAGUUGUAAUUUUCUCUUCAAAACUGAAUGAAAGUUUUGAAUUUACAUGCCAAGAAAUUAUCAGUUAUCCUGACUCCAAUUUGACACUUUUGUUUUUAUGGAUAUUUGAUUUCAUAAUUUUGCUAAAGUCUGUAUACAAAUUUAUAGAUAAUUGGUACUUUGUUGAACAUCUAAAUUCGUGGUUCCUCUUUACCCACGAAAUCCACAAAUAUUAUUGAAUCCACAUUAAUAUUUAAAAAAAAUAUUUGCCAAGUUGCCUUCUCAUGUCCUGAACCUCAUUGAACUGUGAUGGAAAUAUUUAAUGAUGUCUGCUGCUAAUUCCGGGAGGGGGGGGGGGGGGGGGGGGGGGGCGGGGGGGCAAUGCCUUAUCCUGGAUCUGCCAUUGAAUAGCACAUUGGUUGUCAUGCUAUUACUUUUACAUGAAAAAACCUAAAGUGGGGAAUAUAAAAAUGUAUUGUGGAAAAUCUCAUGCUUUUACCGGUAUUAUAAUUUAGUGGUGUAAAUAAAUAUUUGCUUUUUUCUAUGUCACAUAGAGUAACGGUAUAUUUCAUUAUAGUGUACAUUGUAGACAUGUUGGGUAAUAUUUUGUGUAAAACAAUUUAAUUGUUAUUAUUACUGUAUAACAGUACGGGAAACAUGUUCAUGCUAAAAUUAUUAUGCUUUUUAUUUUUGUUUUAUUAUUGGUGCAAAUAUAAUUUGUGUAAUAACGGAACAAUUAUCUAAUUUAAGGCCUGCUACCAACAGUGAUUUUGUAUGAAUAUGGUAUUAUAUAUAGAUGUAGAAGGUAUAUUGCAAUAAUCAAUGAGCAUACCAGCCAAGCAGUAUAAUGCAAUAAACAAUGAGCUUUUCUACCUAGCAGUAUAUUGCAAUAGACAAUGAGCUUACCUACAUGGCAGAAUAUUGUUUGCAUUGAUUGUACUUUUAUUUAUUUUUAUAACUCCGUUGGAAGGAGUCAGGGGUAUAUAGGAAUCCUUAUGUCCAUCCGUCCUUCACACUUUUGGUUUCCAGGGCUCUCGGUCAUAAAACUUUACUCAGUACUCAGAGUACAAAAUUCGUGCUCGAAACACCAAAUCCAGGAUUUUGAUUAAUUAAUUUCUGAGUCUGAGUACGAAAAAUCUUGCUCGAAAUUUUUAUGACCGCAAGGCCAGAUAUUAAAAAAAUAGAAAGCUGCUCAUUGAAAUUUUAAGGAAAUUUUUUAGAUGCCUAAAGGGAGGGUGAUUUUAAUUUCUCUAAUUUACAUGCUAAUUUCACAUUUCCCGAUCGGUGUGAGAAAAAUAUUUCCCAUCUCUAGAGAAAACUUCGUUUCCAGCAAAUGAUUGUACGAAAUUCAAUUAUGGCAUAAAAUUUUCUUGAUUUCUUCUGAAUUUCCUAUUGUGACGUCACGAAAAAAGGUGACCAUGCCUCAUGACGUCACAUAUAAAGAACACAACUUUCUGCAAAUCUUUGAAAAGAAAGGCAAAAAUUUGUUUAGAUAUUGUCUAAAAAUCCUUAGAGAAACAGAUUCCACCAAUAUAUCUGGUGUAUUACGAUAUUUCUUCACUCUCAACAGUUAAAUUUUAAAUAGUUAAAAAGCUCGACAAGCCUUGCAUUUUAAAUUUUAAAAUUUAACUGUCUCCAGUGGAGAAAUAUCGUAACACACUUGAAUCUAUAUUUUCCUUGUUUUCACUUAUACCAUUCCAGAGUAAUAGUACUUAAUUGUUGGAAAAGGUUUUAAAAAAAAUUGGUUUCCAGAUGAUAAAUAGAGACCAGCUUUUGGAAAUUAAUCAAAAUUUUAAAGAGUGUUUUGGACCAUUAAACAAAAUCUUAACCUCUUUAGCUGCAGGGGGUAAUUGUGAUCAUUAAUCACCUCUCUAAUAUUUUAUUCAUUUUAGCUCUCACAAAUGGUUCAAAUGGGCCAGAUGAAAACCAUGGCAUGUAAAUGAUUUAUGUUUCCAAUCAUUACUCAGUUUAUUCAUAGAUGUCAUAAUCAGUGGUACAAGCUUCUUAUACAUUGUUAUUUAGUAUUUUUGCAUAUCUUAGACAUUGUGUUUUUUUCCAUAUUCUUUACAUUUAUUACUUUUAUGGGGGGAUUUUUUUCCUGCAUAGUAUAAUGUAUAAAUAGCUGUACUGUUGGGUUUUUUUUACUUAGUAAAUGUACUACUUUACUGGACUUGCACAAACAAAUUUACAAUUUGAAUUGAUUGUAACUUAUACUUACCAUACAGGUUGGUAUGGUCUGUUCUACUGUCCAAUAUUUUUGGUAAUUCCUGUUAUGCUUCUAUAUGUUUUCUAUAUCUGUUAGUGAUUAUUAUUAUUUUUUUUUUUAUAUUAGCUAAAUUGGCUACAGCAAUUUUAUUAUGUUACAUAUCUUUUUUUUUAUUGUGAAGGUCUCACAAUGUAAGAUUAUUUGAGAGUUUGUCAACAUUCCAUACUGCAAAUUCAUAGAUUAUUUUUGUGCCUUUAUUAUUACACAAUUUCAACAUGACAGACCAAAAUGUGAGAUAAUUUAUUGCGAUUACAGGAAAAGCUGUAUACAAAUAUAUGUGUCAGGUUUCAGAAUGUCAGUUCUUAUAAUGGCGAUACUCACCCAGUUGCAUUAUUCACAUUAAUAAAAACCUUGCAAUAAUUUAUGAAUUUCCAAUAGAUAAUUUAGUGAACAUUUUUUCGUUCAGUUAAUUUAGUUGCUGUUAUCUCUACUUUGAAGUGCCAUACAAUCACAUGUAAAGCUACAUCAACUUGGGGAAAAACACUAUUUUCAUAUUGGUUAUUUUAAGUAUUGUUAGAUAAGUGGAGAUAGAUAGAAUUACAAAGUAACAUGUUUUUGUUAAUGGGAGAGCAUCUUCAAACUACUAUUCGAAUAUAUACAUAAGUAUGGUUGUAUGUUUGGUUGUUAAACAAUAUCAUUUUAUUAUCUGUAUUUCAAUUAAAUGUUUUAAUUGGUGGGCAAAUGUUUGAAAAGCCGGUUUUUUUGCCAUUCAAAAUUAAUUUCCAAUUUACCUCUUUUUGAUAUCCCCUCAAUAAGAUUUAGAUGUGAGCAAAUGCUAUGUCAGUUUACGAUUUUUAUGCUAAUCGAAGAUCUUUUGGAAUACAAAAUGUAUUAUUGUAGCUAAUAUUUAAGUUUAUCAUUAGAUGAGCAGGUCCUUCAUUCCAAGGAUUUUUUGUACUUUAUAAUCAUUCAACUUUUCAGUAUAAUCAAUAAGGUAAUUGAGAAAGAAUUUGGAAGAAUUUGAAUUCUGAUGGCAAUUUAAUCGUUCUUUUUAUACCUCUUUAUUUGAUCAUCAUUAUUAUUGUUUUCUGUGUAGAGUUAUUUUUUUUUAUGUUUGUCUGAUAAAAUAGAUUAUAUUUUGGGAAUAAAUAACUAUACAUAU